GGAGGAGUUCCGGUGGGUGUGUGGCGUCUUUUCCUCUCAUUCAGUGCGACGUUUUAUUUAAGUUGAAAGAUGGCGGCGGUGCAUCUCAGGAUCGGGGAUCUAGUGUGGGGCAAGCUGGGCCGUUACCCACCAUGGCCAGGAAAGAUAGUAAGCCCCCCCAAGGACCUGAAAAAGCCCAGGGGCAAAAAAUGCCACUUUGUGAAAUUCUUUGGAACUGAGGACCACGCCUGGAUCAAAGUGGAGCAGCUGAAGCCCUACCACGCCCACAAAGAAGAGAUGAUCAAGAUCAACAAAGGAAAACGGUUCCAGCAGGCAGUGGACGCCGUGGAAGACUACCUGAAGAAAGCCAAAGGGAAAGAUCAGAACUCUGACAGUAAAGGAGAAUCAAAAGGCAAAAAAACCUCCAACAAGCCGCUGAAGAUUCUAGAAGAAGAUGACGAGGAUCUCAGCGCGUUGAAGGACCCGUCAGAAACGGACUUAACUGAAUCUGACCCUGAGCCGUCUGCUAUUGAGAGGCUGGGGGCCGAACCUGGUUCAGGAUUCAAAUGGGAAAGCAGUCCCGUCAAGGAUGACCCACAUUUCCAUCACUUCCUGCUUAGCCAGUCUGAAAAGCCAGCGUCAUCCAUGGAGCCCAUCAGCAAGCGUCUGAAAAUCAUCGAAGAGGUCACAGGUUCCACUUCUAUCCAAGCAGCAGACAGUACAGCCAUCAACGGCAGCAUCACGCCCACAGAUAAAAGGAUAGGCUUCCUGGGCCUCGGCCUCAUGGGCAGCGGCAUCGUUUCCAACCUGUUGAAAAUGGGCCACGUCGUCACCGUGUGGAAUCGCACCGCAGAAAAGUGCGACCUGUUCAUCCAGGAGGGGGCCAGGUUAGGCCGGACCCCUGCAGAGGUGGCCUCCAUGUGUGACAUCACCUUCUCAUGUGUGUCAGACCCCAAAGCUGCCAGGGAUCUGGUGUUGGGUCCCAGUGGAGUUCUGCAGGGAAUCAGACCAGGCAAAUGCUACAUAGAGAUGUCCACCGUAGAUCCAGAAACCAUCACAGAGCUGUCCCAGGUGAUCACGUCGCGGGGGGGGCGAUUCCUGGAGGCUCCGGUAGCAGGAAGCCAGCAGCUCUCCAAUGAUGGGAUGCUGGUUAUCCUGGCCGCAGGCGACAGGAGUGUCUAUGAGGACUGCAGCAGCUGCUUCCAGGCCAUGGGCAAGACCUCUUUCUUCCUGGGUGAAGCGGGAAAUGCAGCCAGGAUGAUGCUCAUCCUCAACAUGGUCCAGGGCAGCUUCAUGGCCACCAUCGCAGAGGGACUCACCCUGGCUCAGGCCACCGGCCAAUCACAGCAGACCUUCCUGGACAUCCUGUCCCAGGGCCAGAUGGCGAGCACCUUCGUGGACCAGAAGUGUCAGAAUAUCCUCCAAGGUAACUUCAAACCAGACUACUAUUUGAAACACAUUCAGAAGGACCUGAGGCUAGCCAUCUCCAUGGGCGACAUGGCCAACCAUCCCACUCCAAUGGCUGCAGCAGCCAAUGAGGUUUACAAGAGGGCAAAAGCACUGGACCAGUCAGACAACGACAUCUCUGCAGUCUACAGAGCCUACAUUCACUAGAGGGAGAGGCCACCCAUCCUCUGGACCACGCAGUCUUUAAUCAUUUCUCUCUUCUGUCAUCUAAUGAGUUCCUGUUUUAAAUUCCAGUGGUUUUUAUUUCAUAUGCCCCAGUGCCAGCCAUGUUGUUCCCCCAUACUGGCCAGUCUGGGAUUUUCUUUGCUUUGUUUUCAACCUGGAGCAUUGCACAGACUGCACUGGGAAGGAAGGAAGGAAACUCCUCCGAUGGGUUCUGCAUCCGUGCUGCGGCGGCGGCGGUCCUGGGUUUGUGUGGCGCAGCAGUCCGCCGUGCGGCAGGAGCUCCGCGCCACACGUCAAGCUAAACCCUUUUAUUUUAAUUUGCCCAUGUGUGCAUUUUAAGUGUAAUCCUUUCUUUUGACGUUUUUACUGUCAAGAAAAGCGAAACAGAAACCACCAAGAACCACUGCAUUGCCUUAAAACUGAACCCCUUCAAGUAUUUCUAUUUAUUUAUCUUCCCUCUUGGUCUUCUCGGCGCCGCGUGCUCGUGACCGGAGCGGAUGGGGUCUGUGAGGGCGGAGCCACAGCUGUGUAGGGGCCUUAAACUGCGCUAAAAGCUAUCACCACCAGAACCUGGGUUUGGGUUUCUGAUGGGUUCGGGGAGGGUUUUCCUAGAUCCGGGUUUGUUUUGUGUUUUAGAGAUGAGUUAAUGAAGAAAUCCCCACAGUGGAAACGAGUUUAGCAAUGAGCUGAAGAAAAAGACGUCUGUGAACUGAAACCUUUAACUGGUGGGACGACCUUUAUCUGGCGGUGAAUGGACUGCGGACGCGUCGGGCUGCAGGGGUUUGCUUUCACGCCGUGAAGCUAAAGCCGCUUCCUGACCACGUCCCUGCAGACGCGGGAAUCAGACGGCGCUUUUCUCCUCACACUCUGAGGAAAUCUGAGUUCUGCUUUUAAACGCAGCGUUCUCCACAU